AAACUCUGAGAAUCGUGGGGCCUUUAUCAUUGCUGUAACUAACGUGGCUACUUUCUUUUUAUUUACCGCGGCACUGAAACGUAACGAGACCUUAUUCUCGAGUCGUGAACCCUGUUAGAAGAAGGGGGAGGUGGAACCACCGCGUGACCCGGAAGCAGAAGUGACUUUCCUAGGGUGCUGGGAAGCGGCUUCUGUGUCCGCAGCGGGAGACGCACCAAUUUAUCCGCUUGCAGCCUCAACCAGGAAAGAAGAUGCUAAUUAAAGUGAAGACGCUGACCGGAAAGGAGAUUGAAAUUGACAUUGAACCCACAGACAAGGUGGAGCGAAUCAAGGAGCGUGUGGAGGAGAAAGAGGGCAUCCCGCCACAACAACAGAGGCUCAUCUAUAGUGGCAAACAGAUGAAUGAUGAGAAGACAGCAGCUGAUUACAAGAUUCUGGGUGGUUCUGUCCUCCACCUGGUGUUGGCUCUGAGAGGAGGAGGUGGUCUCAGGCAAUGAGAAGUCAUCCCUCCACUUUACCUCCUUGCCCUUUGCUCAUAGUGAAGCAUAUAUUCUCACACUGGCUGGGACACCCAAGCCAUUGCCCCCUGUCUUGGAUGCCCAGUCUUGUGUGUCUACUGGUGAGAGACUGCGAGGAUCUCAGGAUGCAGUGUUCCUGGCCCAAAAGGCACUUUGCUGGCUAUUGGGUUUUAAUUUGCAGUCCUGUGUGCUUCCCUGUCUUACGGCUGUGUCCCGGUUGUCAAUAAAAUAUUUCCCAGCCUGCUGAAA